AUGUCUACAUUCAGGUAUGCGCAACGCACAGUCCGUGCUUCGGCACCUCUGCUUCGUUUUUCGCCUACCAUCACCAAUCGCGGUAGCCAGCGGUUGUUUCAUGAGUCUAGCAAGGCAAAAGCCGUCGAGGCCAUAGUCACGCAGACGCCUCUGAAUAAUGGCCCGCCUCCUCCCCCCAAUGUGGCCCAGCAGUUACAGCAGCAUCAGCAAUUCCUCGCAGAGCCUUUCCCCCAGCCGGAAGGUUAUACUCAGCUUAACGUCAGGGAGCAGGCAUAUAAUCCAAAGUUUUACGAGACCAUCGGCAAGAUCAUGAAGCUCCGUGAGAAAUACCUCCGUGAUCGCUGCAUCUUCGUCGAGUCUGCUGAUAUGAUCGAUAUUGUGUUGGGCCUCGGCGCCAAGGAGGCCGACCUCCCUAAGAUGGAGAAGGUCUCAGACACCUUGUAUCACGACCCUACUCUGCCCUUCCGCCUCUCUCGCAACAGUCGCUUCUGCCUUGAUUUUGACACUCACUCUAUUCGCCGUCUAGAGUUUCAGCCCUUUGUCCUAACUGUCGAGGAAGAUUUCAAUCGCUACGACUCUGGAGCCAUUCGCCGCUUUGACGAGGUCCAAAACAACCUACAGCUCAACUCAGUCUUCCAAGCGCUGUUCGCGUUCAAGGCUAUGAUUAUCCACGGCAUGCAAAUUGCCCACCGCCCCAAGCUGGAGUAUGGCAUCAACAAGUGGGUGUGUACUCUGUUUAACCUCCGUACUGUCACUACUCCCCACAUUUUGGGAGAGCCUGCGCUGGAGGGUGUGCACUCCGAUGGUGUCGACCACACCAUGACCACUUUUCUGGGGAGCUACAACAUGUCGGACAAUAGUGCUGCCACCUUUAUGCACGACAUGGAUGAGAAGACAGGCAUUCCCUUGGAAGAGAUUGAGCCGAAGCACCUGCUAGCGCGAGUUCAGCACAAGAGACUUCUUGAUACGCUCAUGAUUGUCGACCAUGAGCGUAAACACAGCUUGUCCGCAGUUUACCCUGUGGACAAGACCAAAGAGGCUCACCGCGACAUGCUUGUAUUCUUCACUCGCAAGCCUGUUGAGAGUACUCAUGUGUCUGGGUCCAUCGACUCGCUCAAGCCUCACAAAGAACUUCCCAUGGAGGUUCCUCUUUAUCUCCCUGGUUCCAACUAG